AUGAAAACAAGCAGCCUGUUUGUUCUAGAUCUCAUUGUUUGGUUUUUGCUUCUUCGAAGCAUAUUAUGUUACACAACUUUUAACAAAAUCUUAUUGCCUUCGGGUGUCACCGGUCCUGAAUCUGCUGUUUUUGAUCGUGGAGGUGGAGGUCCAUAUGUAGCAGUCUCAGACGGUAGGAUCCUCAUAUGGCUAGGUCCCACCGUUGGGUUCGUUGAUUUUGCCUACACUUCACCUAACAGGACCAAGCAACUAUGUGAUGGUACAAAUGAUCUGCAGUUAGGACCAACAUGUGGGAGACCAUUGGCUCUUAGCUUCAACUAUAGAACCGGUGAUCUCUAUAUCACCGAUGCUUUCUAUGGUCUCCUUGUCGUAGGAUUCAAUGGUGGGCUUGCAACUCAACUUUCGGGUGGUCACAAGUACCUUUCUGGAAUUGACGUUGAAUCAUAUACCGGAUUUGUAUAUAUGACCGAUGCCAGUUUUACACCCGAUUCAACUGGAAGGCUGUUGAAAUAUGAUCCAUAUAAUCAUAACGUAACUAUUUUAGUAAGCAGUCUGUCAGGUGUAGGAGGACCAGCUGUUGGUAGUGCCCGAAACUAUGUUUUGUUUCCAGACAACGUGAAUAAGAAUAUCCAACGGUAUUGGUUGCAGGGACCAAAAAUAGGCACAAGUGAAGUAUUCCUGACUGACUGUGGGAGCCCGAAAAAUAUUAAAAGGGCUACAAAUAAUGAAGAGUUUUGGGUGGCACUAGAGAAACAGAUCCAACAGCCCACACCGGGGUACAGUCAACCACAAGGUCUAAGGGUUAACGGAUCUGCAGCAGUGCUGCAAACUGAGCCCCUUACUGAGUUCUUAAACAUGAAUAUUGCUGUUGUUCAGGAGAUCAAUAAUGCUAUAUAUGUGGGUUCGAGUCACACUAAUUUUAUUGGCGUUUACACGAACUAA